AUUAUCAAUGGUAGUUUGUGGUACAGGUGGCGGAUGUUGUCACUACUUUGGCUGUCACGAAAUAUCACUGUCAGAAAUGUAUAUUUAUAUUAGGAAAUAAUACACAUUUAAUCGUUGAGAGAUAUUAUUACCGUCUUAUUUUAAUCUUUAAAUGUAUUGUUUAUUCAACUAAAACCAAUCAAGAGUGGGAUACUGCUGUCAGUAGUAGAAUACUGUAAGAAAUUGGCUAUUGUCUAAAACCCCGACACACCUCUAAACUGCAAUGCGGAUAUCUAGCAGUAAUCGUUGCUUAUAAGCUGUGGUACCACGACACACGUGUUGUUUGAUUUUCAGGUGCCAAUAACACCAGUGUAACCAAACAUGGGAUCAUGUCAGACAGACAAUCACAGUGUUACAAUUUCGAAUAUUGAGAAUGGAGAAAAAUUGUGUUAUUCAAUGCCACUCAUUAAGGGCCACGUUUUCACUAAAAAUGGAAAUAAAUGCAUUAAUUGCCCAACAGGCCAAAUCAUGCUUCAUCACUACAAUGACAAAGGUGCACUAAUUUCAACAACAGAAUGGCCUGUUGUCAACUCUGAAUUUAAGUGUUUGGUAAGCCUCCUCUUAGAAAGGAAUUACCUAAUCCUGGAAUAUUGUGGCAUCCAAUUGAAACUGAGUGUAGAAUAUCAGCCAAGAAGGACGAUGCUUCGUGUAACACCUGUGUAUAUAAUUUGUCUAGGGCAUGAUGGACUCUUCCAGGCUCCAACAGGCAUAGAUAAUACAGUACCAAGUGCGUGUGAACGUAUUGCCCUAGGAGCACGUCUCAUUCAGUCACUUACUGCAGAGAAACUUUAUGAAGCCAAAGUAGAACGAAAAGCCUUUCAGCUGGAGUAUGACUUGAACCGAUCAGGUCCUGAAUGCAUUGUUUUUCGUAGUCAACUACCAGUGAAAGAAGCUCGAGUAAUGGAUCCAAGAGAAUUAUGGGAACAUUUUGGUCGUGAGCUGAUGAUGUCACCGCUUGGUAAUAAGGACCGUAAAUUUCUUGCUUUUCUCUCUUGUACACGUUACUGUCCAUCAGAGAAUGAAGAACCACCUAAGACCCAUGAAGAUAUAUUGUCUAGAAUGGAAGCACAUGUUGCCCUUGGAGGUGGAGGACUUGCAAUAUUUGGUUCUGCUUGUCUUCACACUUGGCCACGACAUGUGGCUGAAAUAAUACCAAGAUUCCUCAAUGUUAACAAAGUUGACACCAGAUAUUUUAUGGAUGACAGUUGUUACAGGGGAACUUAUGGUGGAUGUUUUGCUACAACCUUAGGUGCUGUCUGUCAUGAACUGGGACACACAUUUGAUUUGGGUCAUACUCCAGAUGGCAUCAUGGGACGUGGCUUUGACAAUGUGAAUCUUGUAUUCACUUUUCGAACCUGUGAAGAUAAUGAAAGCAAUAGCCAUGAUGGAAAUCAACCUGUUUCGGGUCCCAUCUAUAAAAAACUAGAACAGCAUUCAACAAUAGCCUUUACAAAGGUCCUUAAUGUGUCGUACACUGUGUCAUCACCUAUUAAAAGGCUGCGAAACAAAGCUGAGGAAGAUGUUGCUACAUUGUCAAAUGGCUCUGAUAGAAAUAAUUCAGAUAUUGGUGACUUGUGUGAAGCAAACCAAAACAAGGUACAAAUAAUUAACAGAAGGAAUGUGAAACAUACAGGAAGACAAAACAGUCCUCAAAUUCAAGCUAUUGCAAAAGAUUGUACACAGUGGUCUAAAAACUGUGCAGCAUUCUUAAGUUUUCAUAGGUGGUUUAAUGAUGAAAAUAGAAUAAGCAAAUUGUCAGCAGCAAUUAGUUUUGAUGAAAGACAGAAUGUGAUGUCAUCUCCAGCUGGUGUUCGUGUUGUAGAAGUACGGGAUGAGAGUGGAUAUGUUCUCUCAUCCUGGCAAUUCUUGGAGUCUGGUGGUGUUCUAGAAUUUGCAUUGCCAUCUGAUGCCUUAUCAGCACAAUCCAUUAAUUUAAUAGCAGAAGACUCUGUUGGAAAUAUAUUUAGAUAUCAUUUUGUUUAAUUUUUGUUUUUUGAUUUGUACUUCAUAUUGAGGACAUGCCAGGAGGGUAUAUCACUAUAUUUUAAUAAUUGGAGAUGUUUGGUCUGACGACAUAAAGUAGUGGGCCGCAUAUCAUGCCAGAAGGGUGUAAUUCUGACGCUGCUCCACAAGAAGAUACUGACACCUACAUUUGGGCACAUGAAUACUAAUAAUGCACAUUUAUCAAACCAUAUAAGCGUAAGAACUUAGUCUCCUGUAAAUAAGUCAUUUUCUUGAUAUGCCUUUCAGCAUGGUGUCACAGUGGUCGCGCGGUCUGAGGCGUGGGCCUUGUGUCGCUGGGACCGUGGGUUCGAA